AAGCGUCAUCUGUCUGUCACCUGUCAAAGGGAAAAGUCGCCUAAGGGGGCUAGUAGAAAGAAAACUUUAAGUUAGCGCCUAACGUCUAUUUUUCGGUAUUUCCAUUGCGGGGGGGCUUUAGGAGACGAUAAAAUGGCCCUAAAUCUACAAUACGAGGCGAUAGGGAAGGGUUUCGUGCAGCAGUACUACGCGUUAUUCGACGAUCCGGCCCAGCGUCCCAAUUUGGUAAAUAUGUACAACGUUGAGCUGUCUUUUAUGACCUUCGAAGGUGUGCAAAUACAAGGAGCCCCCAAGAUCAUGGAAAAACUGAACGCGUUAAGUUUCCAGAAAAUUAAUAGGAUAAUUACGGCUGUGGACUCCCAACCGAUGUUCGACGGUGGGGUUUUGAUAAACGUUUUAGGGAGAUUACAGACUGAUGACGACUUGCCUCACGCGUACGUGCAAACGUUUGUGCUGAAACCAAUAGAGGGCAGCUUCUUUGUACAACACGAUGUGUUCCGAUUGGUUCUGCACGACACUAUUUAGCCCCAUAUUGCUGACGAGGACCCCCCGCACGCUUACUCCCAAGUGUUCGUACUAAAACCUUUAGGAAAUUCGUUUUUCGUGCAGCACGACAUCUUUCGGCUGGGCAUCCACGAUACGGCGUAAAACUGAUCGUUUUCGGUUACGUAAAAAGGGACUUUUAAAGGUGUUUCUCAUGCCCCCAAUAGGGGGAUAAUAAUUUAAUUUUCUCACUCGAUAUUUGUUUAAUUUUUAAGUGAAAAUGCCCGUUAAUAAUUGCCGAUUAAAUUUGUUAAUUCAGGUUGGCUUAUUGUGUAACAAGUUUCUGGUUAUAAAUUUACUACUACUAUUAUUAUGAUUAUUGUAAUUAUAACGUAUUUUCCAGUA